AUGUUUAAAAAGAGCAGCACAAUAAUUAAAAAGUUUCGCAUGAAAUUUGAAUUUGAUGAGGCAUUACAGGAAUUAGAGUUACUGAAAAAAAAAUUAAAAACUGAAUUAUUUGAACUGGAAAUGCUAUUACUGCAAGCAGAAAUUUUGCAUAAAAAAUUACAGAUUUAUUUUGAAGAGAAAGGUGCUGGAAGUUCAGAUGUUGUUGAAUUGUACAAAAACCUAUUCCUUCUCUUGAGAGACAUUCUUAUUGGUUCAGAGUGCAAGUAUGAAUUAUCUGCUGAAAACAAAAAACAGAUAGCAUAUUAUCUAACUUCUUUGAACAUGCCUGAUAUCAGCAGUGAAUGGAAUUUGCCACAUGUUCAAAAUAAUGCAAAAAUGACAAUUAUAGAUCUAAGAAUGUCCUGGGCAGAAUUUCAACUGAAACAUUUAGGACCUUAUUUGAUACGAACAAAUCAAGGUGAAAUUGAUGAUGAACUAGGCUUUGCCCCAGAUGAUUGGCAGAGAAUGCUAAUUGAUGUUGUAAGAAAACGUCAGUCUGCAGUUGUUGUUGCUCCAACUUCCUCUGGUAAAACUUAUGCAUCCUACUACUGCAUGAAAUCAGUACUGAAGGAAGGAUAUGAAGGAAUUGUUGUGUAUGUUUCCCCCACAAAAGCUCUUGUUAAUCAAGUAGCAGCAACUGUGUAUGCACGCUUUAAAAAUGUUAUAAUGCGAGAUGGUCAAUCAGUUUAUGGAAUAUUUACACGUGAUUAUAGAGAAAAUGCAUUGACCUGCCAAAUAUUGGUGACUGUACCUGAGUGUUUGGAGAUCUUGCUUUUGUCACCUCACAUGUGCAGUUGGGUUAAGAGGUUGCGUUACAUUAUAUUUGAUGAGAUUCAUUGUUUAUCAGGAAUUGCUGGUGGGCUGUCAUGGGAAACUGGAUUGUUGCUCACACGUUGCCCCUUUUUAGCUCUUUCUGCAACAAUUGAACAGCCUGAAAUUUUGCAACGUUGGUUGCAAGAAUCAAUGAAUUUUAAAAAGAAUAGGGAUAUGCAGGAUGGCUGCAAACAGGAUGAUUCACAUUAUAUGGUAUCUCUUAUAACACACAGUGAAAGACAUAAUGAUCUUAAGAAACAUAUCUAUGUACAUGAACAGAAUUCAUUGGUUCACAUGCAUCCAUAUGCAUGUCUGAUAAAUAAGAUAGUGGACACUUACAAUGGUAUUCCAGCUCAUCUGUCCCUCUCUGCUGAAGAGACAUUAUCAUUGUUUGUCACUCUACAAGGCAUAGAACAAACACACACAGAUGUAGGAUAUUUAAGACCAGAAAGAUUCUUCAGAAGAAAUAGCCAGAAACUUUUUAUUACCCGAUCAUCAGUUAAAGAGUAUGAAAAGGAACUGAGGGAAUUACUGGGUAAAUGGGCACAUGAAUUUAAUGAUUCAUUUGCAUCUGUUGUCAGCCAUUUGGGUCAUGGUGCACAAAAUCUUAUUCACAAUUUGCCAGUGAAAGAAGUAACAUCUCAACUUCCAUCUUUAAUUGAAACUUUGGAAAAAAACAAAAUGUUUCCAGCAAUUGUGUUCCUGUUUAAUCGUAAUCUAAUACAUAAAUUUUUGCAUAAACUAAAUGAAUAUUAUGAUGAAAAAUCACAAGAAGUUUUGAACAGUUCUUCAGAUGAUGAUGAUAGAAUAAGUAUUGCAACACAACCAAAGACAAUAAGGAAAGGUAAAGAAGUUUAUCUGAGAGAAAGAAGAACAUAUUCUUUGGGACUGUUGAAGGGAAAUGCCUCUUCUAUGCGCAGUGUUGGAGUUGUAGACAGUGAUGAUUUAAAAUAUAUUGAAAUGCGUCUCAUAAGGAAAGGCCUCAGGAAAGAUCAUCCAUUUGUGCAAGGGUUAAGAAAUGGUAUAGGAAUUCAUCACGCUGGCCUUAACUCAGUACAGAGAGGAACAGUUGAAAUGAUGUUCCGUAUGAAAGUGCUGAAUGUUGUGUUUGCGACCUCUACCUUGGCUCUUGGCAUACACAUGCCCUGCAAGACAGUUGUUGUGGCUACAGAUAGUCCAUUUCUAACACCACUGAAUUAUCAUCAAAUGUCUGGGCGUGCAGGAAGACGAGGAUUUGAUGUUGAAGGACAUGUUGUAUUUUGGGGAGUAAAGGAAUCAAAGAUUCAGAAUCUCCUCACUGGAAAACUGCCAAUUAUGUGGGGUAACUUCCCCAUGACUGUAUCUUUAGUGCUACGACUUCUCCUCCUUGUCAGCAUGUGUGACGUGUCAAUGCCAGAAAAUAAUGCUGAUAGGGAAUCAAUUCAGAAAGAGGCAAUAUCGAGGGCUUUGACUUUCCUCAACUGCAACUUAAUCUAUCAGCAUUUUGCAGAAUUAAAGCAGCAAAUGAAACAUUUCUUCGCUUUCUCCACACAGUUGCUGAUGUUGCAGAAACUUCUGGAUGAUAAUGGCAGACCACAGCAUCUUUCUUCGGGGAUAGUGACGCAUUUACAUUAUCAUGAACCAGGGAAUCUUGUUUUUGCGUAUCUGUUGCGGAGUGGACUUCUACACAAUAUAUGUGUUACUGAAAAAGAUGGGAGUAUAUCAAAAGAAACACAACUAAAUGUUGUUCUCUUGAUGGCUCAUCUCUUCACUCACAAACGUUUACAUCCUGCAAUGCUUAAGAAUAGGUAUUGCAAUUCUGUUGUGAAACUAAACGAUUUACCAACUGAAGUUGUUGAGGUAAUCGAGCGGUAUAACAAUGAAGUUAAAUUCUUAUUUGACCACUACUUUCGGUGUGUCGCGGAAGACUGUUCGAGAACUAUGGGAGAGGAUACAGUUCUCCCAAUUUCAGAGUUAUGUAUUGAACCAGAAUCAUCAUACAUGAAGGAAGUAAAAGCUGAAAAUGAGUUACCUCACCUCCUGCAGGAAUUUAUGGUGGAGUAUGAACCACGGGUCAUAUGUUCAGCUUUCAUUGCACUCUCAGGUUAUAAUGACAAUGGACUUUAUUCCGAAAAAGAUACCAUCUCCAAUUUAAGGCAUCAGGUAUUCACUGAUAAAAAAAUAGUUCCAAUAUUUGAAGUAAAUCAGAGUCUUAAUGGUUAUGCGUGGGACUUCUAUAAUCAUGGUAUACAGGAAGCCAUCAUAAGGGACAAUUUAAUGAGACAUGGUGACGAUUUCAAUUAUCUGAGAGAUUUUAUGUUAGUUCUGUUAGCAGUGAACACAAGUCUGCAAGAUUUUGAUGAUAUUGAUGAAAACAGUGCAAUUAUAAAAACUUUUGGAAUAAUAGCAGAAACUUUCAGAGAGAAAUUUAAUAAAGCAUACAAUAUUGUACAGGACUGAUUGUUAGGGAAUUAAUAGUACAAAACUUGGAGUACGUGCCUUAAAAAUCAUGUUGACCUUGCAAAAUGUAAUCUACAUUUUAAUUCAGAUGGUGACUGCUGUGACUGAGCACACAGGAGUCAUAGACACUGUUAUUCCAAAAUAAUGAUUUUAUGAAAAUAUACUAUUUUUUAUCCAAGUUUUUAUUGUGGUUUAAGAAGUAAAUAGUGGAUCACAACAUUAUAACAUUAACACAAUCAGCAGGUUAUUAAGUUUGAUCUUAUAAAUUUUUUGAGUAGGGAGAUUUACGGACAAACCAUGUAUCUUGUUUUUAAUAUAAAAAAUGGGUUCAGGAAAAAAAUCAAUAAAUACAACUCAUUUUUAUAUAUGAAGUAUUAAUGAUGUGUUUUAUGAAUAAAAAUAACUUUUGUAUUAUCCUUCUUUUAAACUGUUUCAUGUACAAGGUAAUAAAUAUGGAGAAUCUGAAUGUGAAGCACCAAUGUAACAAGUGCCUUGUGUUUAAUGUAAAAAUGGAUUUUAGAAAAAAAUAAAUAUACACAACUCAUUUUA